ACAGAAUUGCAACCGACUGAAAUAUAAACAUUUGAUGAGAAUAGCACACCAUGUCGUCGUGUAAAAUAAAAAACUGUACUUCAAAGUCGAAAUUGUUUUUUCGACUCCCAGCCGAAUCAAACGCACGCAAUCGAUGGAUCGAAGCUAUCGAGGAGCAUCAAAAGUUUGAUGAUAGUGUCGGGGUGUAUUUUGUGUGCAUAAAUCAUUUUGCAAAAAAGGAGGUCCGCCGUGGUGAAAAAACAAUCUUGGUACAUGAAUCAGUGCCAAGCAUUUUUCCAAGAAAAAUUCAAAAGGUCAACCAAUCAUUGCCGAUAAAAAUUCCAAAUGUGACCAAAUCAUCGCCGAUUAAAAUUGAAAAUGUAAUGUCAUUGCCGAUAAAAAGAAAAGCAAACGUUUUGAAUGUAACGAUUAAACAAGAAAACUUUGAAGGUGAACCAGAGAAAUAUUUGGCCACAAAUUUAACUGCGCCCAGUCGUCAACAAGUGAAAUUAGUGGAUAUUGAAAAGCUAAAAAGUGCUUCAGUAUUGAAUGAGAUGGCUACAACAAGUAAAAACCCAGUCGAAAAGAAGUCGACGGGAACUCCGACCAAAAUGUGUGUCAAUUGUGUUCAAUUGGAUGUAAAAUUGCAAGAGGCCAACUCUACAAUAAGGUCAAUGAAACGAAAAAUCUCCGAACUUACAGCUGAAUUGAAACGAUUUACACAUAGCGUUUAUAUGAAAUCUUUGGAUAAGUGUAAAAUAUGUGCUGGUUACAUGAAAAAAGAAGAGAUAGAUCAACAUAUAUGCACUAAACAAGAAACAAUCAAGUGCAAAUAUUGCCCGGAGACAUUCAAAUCAAUUCAAAAACUUGUCGAUCACCUAAAAAUGCCCGAUCACGUUGAUCUUAUUAAAGAAGGUACUGGUACGUACUAUAGAUGUCAGAUAUGCCCAAUUGGAUAUCCAAUGAUUGAACUGUUGCAGUGCCACAAAAAAUCACAUAAUAUUAUCAGACCGGAACCAACAAUAGCACAGCCAAAGCAAGGAGAAAAAGCUCAGACGACGGUCGAGGAGACUAUUUUAUCGUCAGAAAGAUCCACUAUAAAAUUUUUCAAGUGUGCCAAAUGUGAUAUGUGUUUCGAUGUACCGGGCGAUCUUUUGAGCCACAAUCGGCAAUAUAGUUGUGACGUUGAUUUCGAAAGCGGAAAAUUUCAAUGUUUUGUGUGCAACAAAAUGUUUGACAAAAUAGCAUUACUGCAAAAACACAUGAACACCGUACAUGACAGAAGUAAAGCAUGUGAAAUUUGCUCAAAAAAGCUUGACACCGAUGAACUUUCGACGCACAUAUGUGGAAAUGAAACCACUAUUCAAUGUGAAUAUUGUCACAAAAACUUUACAUCAACGAUUGAUCUAUUGAAACACUUGGACAGUUCGGAUGAAAAGAAAAAAAUGUAUCGAUGUGAUGUGUGCCUGGAAUUUUUUCCCAUGAUGAUUCUUAAGCACCAGCACAUGACACAGCACACCGAAACGUCAAAAUCGUUUAUGUGCCACAUGUGUUCAGAGACGUUUGUCACUUCAACGCUUCUUUCAAAUCACGAAAGAAGUCACCGGCGAAGAGAGGUUCAAAAAAAAGUUAAUAAUGAACCCAAGAAAGAAUACCUAUGCGAUGAGUGCGGUAAGAGUUUUUCUUCGUCAUCGAAUUUGUCAUUGCACCGGUAUACUCACAGUGAGCCACAGUUUAAAUGUACCCAAUGUCCACGACAAUUUACACGCUUGUCAAGAUUUAACAUACAUCUUGAGAAACACAAACACUUGGUAUACAUUUGUGAAUUGUGUCAAGUUGAACUGCGAACAAAACAUGGCUAUGAAAAACAUAUGAAGAGACAUAAACGAACCGAAGCCGAUCGACGAUAUGAGUGUAGCAUUUGUUCUCGCAAAUUUUUCGAUAGAAAACAUUUAAACAGCCACAAACUAGUUCACACUUCAGAAAGACCGUUCAAAUGCAAACAUUGCCAUGUAGCCUACAAGUAUAGUGGCGACUUGCAUAAACAUCUUCGAACACACACAACGGAUGGAAAAAUACAUCAGUGUACCAAGUGUGCCGACCGUUUUUACUAUUAUGAAGAGCUAAGCGAUCAUUUGCUUUACCAUUAUAAAAAAGAAAAAGAGCAAAACAAUUCUUAAGAUCGCUAUGGCGAUUAUUUUUAAGCGUUAAAUAAAUUCAAACAAUUAUGUAAAA